CAUUUUUUUCUCCACUCUCCAUUUGCUGAAACAAACAAAUACACACAGCUUGCAGAAUGUAUGCAGACUCAAAUACAUACAGAUAAAUCCAGAAUCACUCCGUAUCCGUUCGUUUCUUGAUUCCAAGAACUCGAUUUAAGCUGGGAUUACUGUGAAUAAAAACUAGGGUUUUGGUGUAGUUCGUGAAGAUGACAGCGAGUACACCACGCACACCAGCUUCGAAAAUGAGGAGGAUGCCUUGUAAUACACCUGGUGGACCUAAAGUUAGUGAGGAGAAAAUACUUGUAACUGUUCGUUUGAGGCCAUUGAGUCAUAAAGAACAGGCUGCGUAUGAUCUUAUUGCUUGGGAAUGCAAAGAUGAGAAGACAAUUGUUUCACGUAAUCUGUAUCACGACCGCCACACAGGACCAUAUACAUUUGAUAAAGUUUUUGAUCCAGUUUGCUCGACUCAGAAGGUUUAUGAAGAUGGAGCUAGAGACGUUGCUCUCUCUGCUCUAAAUGGCAUCAAUUCAACGAUUUUUGCGUAUGGCCAAACUAGCAGUGGUAAGACAUUUACCAUGAGGGGAAUUACUGAAAAUGCUGUUAAGGACAUAUAUGAGCACAUCAAGAAUACCAUGGAAAAGGAAUUUGUUCUUAAACUUUCUGCCCUGGAAAUCUAUAACGAAACUGUUGUAGAUCUCUUGAAUCGCGAUUCUGGAUCGCUAAGGCUGUUGGAUGAUCCUGAGAAAGGUACUAUUGUUGAAAAACUCACUGAAGAGGUUGUUACAGAUGACCAACAUUUACGACAUCUGAUUGAUAUUUGUGAAGCUCAAAGACAAGUGGGUGAGACUUCUUUAAAUGAUAAAAGCUCAAGGUCACAUCAGAUAAUUAGGCUGACCAUUGAGAGUACUUUGCGCGAAACCUCAGGGCGUGUAAGAUCCUUUUUGGCAAGCCUGAGUCUUGUAGAUCUUGCUGGUAGUGAGCGUGCAUCUCAAACAAACGCAGAUGGUACUAGAUUAAAGGAAGGAAGUCAUAUUAAUCGAAGUUUACUGACUCUAACAACCGUCAUAAGAAAGCUAAGCGGCGGAAAGCGGAGUGGACAUAUACCAUACAGAGAUUCAAAACUAACAAGGAUAUUGCAGUCUUCACUCGGAGGAAAUGCACGAACAGCAAUAAUAUGUACUAUGAGCCCCGCUUUGAGUCAUGUUGAACAGUCAAGGAAUACACUCUUAUUUGCAACUAGUGCGAAGGAAGUUACAAACAGUGCCCAAGUAAACAUGGUUGUGGCUGACAAGCAAUUAGUGAAGCACUUGCAAAAAGAAGUUGCUAGACUUGAGGCAGAGCUGCAAAGUCCAGAACCUGCUUCCUCUUUGCAUAUAAGGUCUUUACUGAUGGAAAAGGAUCGGCAGAUCCAGCAGAUGGAGAUUGAAAUGAAUGAGCUCAAACGCCAAAGAGAUCUUGCGGAAUCCCAGCUUGAACAGGAAAGGAGCACACACAAGGAGCAAAAGGGUUCAGUAGAAUAUGGUCCUUCUCGUCAAGUGGCCAAGCGUCUUUCUUAUACCACCAACAACGAUUCAACUAUUGAUAAGCAUCUUACAGAAACCUUAGUCAGAAAGACACGAGGCAGGCAGUCGAUGUUGAGGCAGUCAAUCACUUCCACAGAUCCAUCCAUGCUGGUCCAUGAAAUCCGAAAACUUGAAAUGCUGCAGAGGCAGCUAGGUGAAGAAGCAACCCAGGCACUUGAGUUACUUCACAAAGAGGUUGCAUCUAACAAAGUAGGGAGUCAAGAAACUACUGAAACCAUAGCAAAGCUUCUUUCUGAAAUAAAAGACAUGCAUACAGUUACUUCUGUUCCUCUCGAAGUUGAGAUAAAGGACAAAGCUAGCCUAAAGGAGGAGCUCACUAGGUUAAAUUCUGAAGAAAGCAAUAUCGCGUCAUUGGAAGAGAAGCUUGAGAAUGUUCAGAAAUCCAUAGACAGACUAGUAAUGUGUUUCUCAAGUGGCGAGGAGACUCCUGACUGCAAGACUCAAUCAAAGAAGAAAAAGAUCCUCCCGUUUACUUUGAGCAGUACUCCGAAUAUGCCACAUAUCAUAAGAUCUCCCUGCUCCCUUUCUUCACGCAAAAUAUUGGAAUAUGAAACUGAGAAUAGAGCCCCAGAAAGUAAUGAUUCAAUUUGUAGUAGUGAUGCAAUCCACAGGCUCAAAGUCACUCCUCGUAAGAGUCACGAGGAAUGUCAUCGUACUCCAUCAAGUCGUAUGUUAUCAAGGGAGGCUACUCCAUCAAGUCGAUCAAACUCAGUAAAUGUAAAGAAACUGCAGAAGUUGUUUAAGACAGCGGCUGAAGAGAAUAUACAGAGUAUUAAAGCAUACGUUACUGAGCUGAAAGAACGAGUAGCCAAGCUACAAUAUCAAAAGCAGCUUCUUGUUUGCCAAGUUUUGGAGAUGGAGGCAAAUGAGGCUGCAAGCAAUGAGAGUGAUCUAGUAGAUCAAUCCCCUAUCGCAUGGCACUUAGGCUUUGAGGAGCAGAGAAAGCAAAUUAUUAUGUUGUGGCAUUUGUGUCACGUGUCAAUCAUUCAUCGUACACAGUUCUACAUGUUAUUUAAAGGGGACCCUGCUGAUCAGAUCUAUAUAGAAGUUGAGCUGAGAAGGCUGACAUGGUUAGAACAGCACUUAGCUGCGCUUGGGAAUGCAAGCCCAGCACUCCUAAGUGAUGAGGCUGCAGGGUCUGUUGUAUCAAGUAUCAAGGCCCUUAAGCAGGAAAGAGAAUAUCUAGCAAAGAGGGUGAGCACCAAGCUAAGCGCCGAAGAAAGAGAAAUGCUGUACCUUAAAUGGGAUGUCCCACUUGAAAGUAGACAAAAGAGGAGGCUGCAAUUGGUAAACAAAUUGUGGACCGAUCCUCUAAACAUGCAACAUGUACGAGAAAGCGCUGAAAUAGUUGCCAAGCUGGUCGGAUUUUGUGAAGCUGGAGAUCAUGUUUCCAAGGAGAUGUUUCAGCUUAAUUUUGUGCCCCCUUCGGAUAAAAAAACAUGGAUGGGAUGGAACUUGAUAUCAAAUCUGUUGCAUUUGUAGGCAAAUUCCAGUUUAAUAUUGGGUCAGUUCUAGUCAUGACCAUACCAGUAGCUCAGAAAAUAUGGAAUACUCGUGUAAGACCCACCAACAGCUAAUGGAGUUUAAUCUCUUGGAGAAUGGCAGUUGUUUCAUUGUCAAUGUCAACAUUUGACAAUAGUAGGAGCUCGGAUUUUUUGGCUUCA